AUGUGCGUCUCGAUCAUCGCUGGAGGCACUUUCUUCUUCGUGUGUCUCUUCCAGUGCUACCCAAUCUCGUACAUGUGGGACCGCACUUCGCAAGAAGGAAAGUGCGUUGACAACACAGUCAUCACCGCUCUCGGCUACGUCUACAGUAUCUUCAGUAUCAUCACCGACUUCACCUUCGCUAUCAUUCCGGGAUUCUUGGUAUGGCACCUGCAGUUGAAGAGGAGGACCAAGGUUGCUUUGAUCCCGUUGAUCACUAUGGGGUGCAUCGCAAGUGCUGCGGUCAUCGCGCGCAUGCCUUUCGUUCACUACUUCAACUCUCCUGACUUCCUCUGGUCCACACUUGACAUCGCCAUCUGGUCAUCGGUCGAACAAGGUCUCGCUAUCACUGCCGGUAGUCUUGCAACGCUACGCCCACUAUUCUUCAUCGCCAUGCACAAGCUCGGUCUCUCUACUCGCCCAACUGGAGCCUAUCGUCCGUCCGCAUACGGCAUGUCCGCCCCCUUACCCGGCAACGCCGCUGGGAACUCCAAAGCCGACAAGCUCCGCCCCGACAUGUACAAACUUUCCGCCACCGUACAAACUCGCACCUCCGACGACGAACCUGUUUCGAAUUCGAAUAAAUGGUACGGCGGAAAAGCGCCACCAAACUCGAAGAAAAGUACGCGUGUGGACAACUCCGACAACGAUAGUCAAAGGAGUCUGAGGAUCAAGAGCGCUCGGAGCAGUGCGGAAGAGGACCACUUCCAGAACGGCAUCAUGGUCUCCAAGUCAUUUUACAUCACGGAUGAAGAGCGGGGAUCGGUUUUGUCUGCGCCUUACAGAUGA